ACCAGCCCGUAAGUGGCCGGCCUUCUAUCAACGUGAAAGGCACAUUGUCUAAGACAAUAUACCUUCGCUUUAUUUGUGUUUACAAGAGAAACUACUCGACCUUCAAAUUAAACCCUCAAUGUCAUUGACUACGUUAUAGCUUCGAUGAUCACUACAGGUUUGGUAUUUCAGGUUGAACGUGAACAUUUUGAAGACGACCAGUCCCAUUCGUUAGAAGCAGCUAGAACAUACAAAAACUCAGGCUCAGUGUAAAGAAAGAUACUACUGAAGUAUGAUUGGACAGCGAAAGUGGACAUUCUUGUUCGGAUCUAUGUCACUGACCGUUUUUCUUUUCUUAGCAUUGAAAGUUACGUGGGGCCUGGAUUGUUUCAAGUGUGUCUCAAUUGACGGAGAUAAUCCAGCAUGCGAGGAUCCUUUCCAUAAUAACUACACCAUAGAUAUUCUAGAAUCACCAUGCUGGACUGGAAGGAAACACAGAAACGGUCUAUUUCCUGCUACAGCAUGUAUCAAACUGUCAGGAAAAUAUGGGGACACUGGGGAAACCAUGAUAGUCAGAGGAUGUGCUUUGGACAGUGGAUCCUUGACCAUUGACACUGAGAUUGUGCGUAUGAGCCAUUGUGGAGGAUUUUACUUCGAUGACCGCUAUGUUAAAGGUUGUCUUCAAAGUUGUACGGACGACGCCUGCAAUGUAGGAAAUCCUGUAAAAAUCUUGAAGUCUUUUUCUAUGAUCGUUACCAUGACUACAUUUUUGGUUUUCAUAAGGUUCUGUGCGUGACGAAUAAGGUUAUUGUCAGUCAAUGCAGGAAGCCAUUUGCUACCUAGACACCAAAGAUCGUUUCCAGACUUCCAAUUUCAUUUCUUCUGAUCGUAGUUCCAUUAAGUUACUAGUAUCAGUUAAUCAAGUUAGUUAAGAACUUAGCACACUGAAUAACACAGUUGAUCUUCACGGUGAAACAAACAACUAUAAUAAAAAAAAACACAAGCAGAGAGCAUCUUUUCUGACAACUUAUCAAAUAAAUGGAGAGAAAUAUCAGAAGAAUGACUUGUGUUACGGUUUAAGCUGUUUAGUAAAGAUUGCUGCUUUUUUCAUGUCAUUUUUAGUGAAGACAGGACGUGUCAAAUAUCUUAGUUUGUGAAGUACUGCAAAAAAUAAUUUUGUGUGAAAAUGUCUUAUGA